GUGAAAGUGAAUUAUAGGAACAUAGUCGGCAAAUAAACCCCAUCACUAUGGAACCAGAGAAGAAAACCAUGACAUCACCAAUCACCGAACCAUUUCUGGCAUCAAACGGACGUAAACCCACUAACCAGACCUCCCGCUGGUCCAGAGCUCGAGUGAUCAAAUCCGGUCGUAAACUAGACCGUCCGGUUCAAGAACAAAAACAUCAUCACGAAAAUGAAAAUAUAAAAUCAUCUGUUGAUCCACAGCCAAAAGGAUUAAUUAUUGAUGAGUCAUUAGAAAAUGAAAGAACAGAGGAAGCCCAGGUUGUUGUUGUUAGAAGUGGGAAAGAGAUAUACAUGGUUUCAGAUGGGUCGGGUCGGACUGCAGAGCAUUCUGUUAAUGCUGCGUUGGGUCAGUUUGAACAUUUUAUAGUGGACCGUGGCUGUCCUGUUAAUCCUCGUUUGUUCUCAGGGAUCAAUGACACAGAACGGCUUAUGGAGAUAAUCAUGCAAGCAGCCAAAGAAGAUGCACUACUUAUUUACACACUAGCUGAAGAAAAAAUGGCUGCUUCAGCUCGACAUGCUUGCAAGGUAUGGGGUGUGCGAUCCAUUGAUAUACUUAGGCCUAUUAUAGAUGCAAUUGCUUCCUAUUUAGGCGUUUCGCCUUCUGGGCUUCCUCGUGGGGCCCCUGGGAGGAAAUUUCCACUAACCGAAGAAUACUUCAAAAGAAUAGAUGCUAUUGAGUUUACCAUUAAACAAGAUGAUGGAGCUUUACCUCAGAAUUUGCACAAGGCUGACAUUGUUGUUGCUGGUGUUUCACGAUCUGGGAAAACUCCAUUGUCUAUUUAUUUGGCUCAAAAGGGAUUUAAAGUGGCAAAUGUGCCUAUUGUAAAGGGUGUUGACUUACCAAAGAGUUUGUUUGAGAUUGACCCGAAGAAAGUCUUUGCAUUGACUAUAAAUCCUGUUAUGUUGCAAACUAUAAGACGAGAAAGAGCAAAGAGUUUGGGUUUUGUUGAAGACGAGAGAAGUAGUUAUGCAGAGAUGUUGCAUGUUAGAGAGGAGCUGGAUUAUGCUAGCAAGAUCUUCGAACAGAAUCCCACUUGGCCAGUAAUUGAAGUUACUGGGAAAGCAAUAGAAGAAAUCGCUGUCAUUGUAUUGAGACUUUACCAAGACAGGAAACAUGUGUCUUCAAUGCCAAGAAUCUCAAAGCUCUACUAGAAAUGUCAGAAGUUCAUGCAAGUAAAGUUUCUAUUAAUUGUUUGUUUCUUAGAGAUUACAACCCCAUAAAGAAAGAUAUAGUAUGAUAUUGAUAUGCUCUAAAAGGUACAAUCUUGACGUUUAUACAAAACCGUAAGUUCGUGUCCAUUAUAUGUAAAUGCCUAACUUCA